UAUUGUUUCUUUGUUUGUAGGUGACGAAGGCCUCGUGUCCCAAACAGCCAACCAUUUCUGUGAAUCGUAUGUCUCUGUACACUUGUUUACCCCAGCAGCGGUAUGCAUUGACAUUGUUUGUUUCGAGUAAGGAAUUGGGCUUCUCUCAGUCCAGCGGUUGAAACAACUCAGGCAACUAUUGAGCGCGUGCUAAGUCUGAAGUAGACCCCCCCCACACACACACACCUAAACGUGUUCUCUUACCUCGGCCACACCUCUUGUAUACUACUCACCAACAGACCAAUGAGUCCUAAAGGUGGCCUGACACAAAGAGACACCGCCGAGGUGUGUGCACCAUGUGGCACAAGGAGUAAGUGCAUAUUACCGCGUGAGGUGGGCUGUCUUAACAAAGACACGUUCGUCAUUCGGGCAUAGCGCCCUGACACGGCAGGUUACAGUGGAACAAGUCUCUCCACUGAUUUCUUUUCAUAAAGGUUUGGAUGGUGGACUGGUCAGACUGGAAGAAAUGCCUGAAGAGCAGAACACGGAGACAGCCACUAUAUCGGCACUGACCAUUGUGGACUCUUCUAGAAUUUCUACCUUCAUCAUCUCCAUUCUGUUGAUAGUCUAUGGCAGCUUCAGGUCGUUGAAUAUUGAAAGAGAAAGAGAGAAAGAGAAAGAUGAAAAAGAGAAAGAAAAGUUUGGACUCAACCUGCCCAGCAGUAGCAACACAGAUGCUGAAUCUCAGCUUCAGACCCUGGAUACUUGCCAGGCUAUGUUCCUUCCAGUGGGGGCCUCUAUCUCUCUCCUCAUUAUGUUUCUCUUUUUUGAUUCACUCCAAGUUGUAUUUGCCAUCUUCACUGCAAUUCUGGCAACUGUAGCAUUUGCCUUUCUCCUUCUACCAAUGUGUCAGUAUUUUGUACAGCCAUGUUCCAGUGGUCAGAAAGUUUCUUUUGGUGUGUGUGGCCGGUUCACUGCUGCUGAAAUCAUCUCCUUCUGUCUCUCUUUUACCAUUGUUUGCGUCUGGAUCCUCACUGGACAUUGGCUGUUGAUGGAUGCUCUAGGAAUGGGGCUGUGUGUAGCAUUCAUUGCCCUGGUACGUCUACCAAGCUUGAAGGUCUCCACACUUCUGCUUGUAGGCCUGCUAGUCUAUGAUGUAUUUUGGGUUUUCUUCUCAUCUUACAUUUUCAGUACAAAUGUGAUGGUCAAAGUGGCAACAAGGCCAGCUGAUAAUCCAGUUGGUUUGUUUGCCAAGAAGCUUCACUUGACUGGUCUUGUAAGGGAUGCACCAAAACUUUCUCUACCUGCCAAAUUAGUAUUUCCAAGUUCUCAAAAUUCCAGUCACUUCAAUAUGCUUGGCUUGGGAGAUAUUGUGAUGCCAGGCCUUUUGUUGUGCUUUGUGCUACGUUAUGAUACAUACAAGAAGUCGCAAACCUGCUCUGCGGAAACAGGAGUUCCACCUCCACCUAAUUAUGUCCAGCGGCUGUCUUACUUCCACUGCUCCCUGAUUGGAUAUUUCUUAGGCUUGUUGACAGCGACAGUCUCCUCAGAAGUCUUCAAAGCUGCUCAACCAGCUCUGCUCUACCUCGUUCCAUUUACACUCCUUCCUUUAUUGACCAUGGCAUACCUCAAGGGAGAUCUACGGCGGAUGUGGCAUGAACCUUUCAUGGUUGUCCCCACGCCCAAGCACAUGGAAGUGUAGCAAGUCACAUAGGAGAUGCUGAUCCUCUCUCUCUCUUUGUUUCUGUGGGAAUGAGCUUCCCUCUGUUGUGCGAUGUUCACAUGAAGCGGGAAGCCUCAUUUGACAGGGUGUCUUACAGAAAUAUUAACUAGGACUAGGGCCCCCCACUCCCCAAGAGUCACAAGUGGUAAAACAUAAAAACUAUGGGGGGGCCCGGACAAAAAAUAAAAUGGAACCAAUGUUGAGGUUUCAUUUAGAGGUUUGAACUUUUUGUGAUUUCUUUUGGAUUAUUUAUCUCAAAGCAAAAAGAUGUGCCAUUUAACAGAUAAUCAAGGCUGAAAAUAACAGCACACACAUACUAGGAUACACAAUGACACAUUCAGGAUUCAUCACCAGUUUUGAUAUUUGUUUCUAUUGUAAAGUAUUUCUGUAUGUUAGAGUGGGGUGAAAAGGUUUAGGUUGGACUGUAUUUAUUCAUCGGACUCUAAAAAGAGUGUAGUGCUGCAGUUGCCUAGAGAAAGGAAAGAAUUAUGUGGACUUUUGAACAAGAAAAGCAAUACAGAUUUGCACCUAGAUUUUCCAACGUGGUAUGUGAAAUAAAGCCAUUAUUCCCAGACUGCAGCCUACAAUUGACAUGAUUUCAUUCUGAGGAAGUUUGGGACACAUGUCCAUAUGUUAAUCUCAGAGCCUCAUUGCCAAUUGACUUGACAUUCAUCUUUCACACUAAAACAUUUAAUGCAUAGAAUGGUAAGCUACAACUAGAACAUAGAAUGGUCACAAGUUUAUGUGGUUGAUUGUUACUGGAAGGAAGGUAGUUUUGUUUAUUCCAAGUUAUUGUGAACAUUUGUUAAAAUCUGUAUAUUUUUUGUGUUUAUUCCUGUGUGAUUUAUGAAUUAUUGUUGACAAGAAAUGUCCUUUCUUAACUAGUAUUCUGUUCAGGAUCUACCUAAUUUCAAAAGAAUCUAAGGUGGUGUUUUUUUUUUAUUCCAAUAGUAUAAACAUAAUUAACACUACCUUUAUUAUAGUUAUAGGAGUAAAAUUUAUUCCACCAUUUAAGCAAGUUCUAUAUUUAUAGAUAUAAUACAAAGUUAUCUUUAGACUCGUAUAGCACAGCAUUGGCUCUGGUUGCACUUUAUUGAGUUGGAUCACUACAUUUGAGUUAGACCAAUACAUAUUGUUUCUUUAUAAUAAAUAUAUUUGUUGACUAAUUAAGUGGUUACUAAAUGAAACUUUGAAUUUGUUUCAUUCUUGGAUUGAACGUAUGUAUCAGCUAUUGCACCAUUGACCCUUUAGAUGGAAAGGAGAAUGCACUUUUUAACUAAAGAAUAUUGUAUUAUAUCUAUUUUAAAACCUGUUUGACAAGGAGCUUAAAAUAGACUGAACACGCUUUAAUAAAUGACACAGUGGAUGCUUAACAAAGUACAUUUCAAUGUAUUCCAAUAAAUAAGUGUUAAAGAAAUGAUAGUCAUUUCCAAUGUAUUGUCUGUUUGAAAUACAAUCUUCAUCACUGCCUUAUUGAAUCUAAUAAAAGUUAAGUUACGAUUCUUCUACAUUUUGUAGAACAAUAGUUUGGGCUGUGUCCUCAUUUGGGUCAGUGUGCAACCUUUAACCCUAGAAAGCUGUACUGGUAGGUGAUUUUCUAAUAAUGUUGACAUUUUUAGUGUUUGUCCACAUCAACUCGGUCAAAAGGCUGACGUCAUGUUCAUGUGUUACGUUUCUGAGAGUUCCCCCAAUUGUUUGUCCUAGAAGUAGUAUGAUCAAACUGCUUACUUUAAGAUUGCUGUUAUCAAGUUCUUUGGUUGUCUUGAUGUUUUGGUUUAAGGUUUUGCUGAGCUUUGAUUUGGCUUUGAUGUGUGGAAUAUUUUUUGAUGUCAUUUUAAACUCUCGUCUUUAUUUGAUGCUUGAUGGCAAUAGACCAGUAUGCCAUGAAGCCUUACCAUUUUUUUUUUCUGUAGAAAUUUAACUUUUAUAAAAUAGGGAAAGCCUACGUUUUGAUCCCGCAGUUGAAGCUCCACUUCACAUUGGAACCACAUGAUGUGUUCAAGCUUAGAUACACAUAUAAGCUGUCUCUUUCAACGUACAUUAGUACAGCACCCUGACUCCUCCCUUCUUUUCUGUACAAGUAAAGUACCCCCCCUCUCAGACCAUGUGGUCUGUAGGGCAGAGAUGUAAAGGUCAUCUGUUUCUGUGGUCCAUGGUUAAUGAGGGUGUCAUGUGGCUAGCACAAUGACCAACCAGCUUUACUUUUCCCCAACUUAUGUCAGGUGCCCAUUAGAGCUGAGUAAAAAUUAAAAUUGAAAGUAAAAAUUCCAUUCCUCAAACCUGGGCCGGUUUGGAAACCAAGUGCUUUACCACUCAGCCACCAGGCUUCUUUCUUUUAGAUCCCAGUGAAAAGUCUGACAUUGCUUGAACUCUGAAAUUUUUAGGUUUUCUACCCAAAGUAAGUUCAGACUAUACUUGAUCCCAUUUCAUUGAAUAUGCUGAGACACUUCUUGUUUAUUUCCUCCAGCUAUCAAUGAAACUGUACGAAGUAUAUCAUUGAUAACACAGCCCUCUGACAGAUGCUUUAUUUCCAACACUGAAAGUCCAUGGGCCCAUUGCAGUAAAAGUAAAAAAAGUUCCCCUUUCAGACCUUGUGGUCUACAGAGCAGAUGAUGUAAAAGGUCAUCUGAUUCUGUGGCCUACGGUUAACGAGGGUGUCAUGUGGCCAGCACAACAACCAACCUUCUUUACUUUCCCCAACUACUGUCAGGUACCCAUUAGAGCUGGGUGGACUCAGAGGCGCCCUAAUAUCCCGAAAUUAAAAAUCCCAGUCUUCACCAGGAUUUUAACCCAGGACCCCCGGUUCAGAGCGCUUUACCGCUCAGCCACCGUGCCGCCCAUUGCAGUACCAGAAAACAAAUAACCACAUUGUCAUUUCUUUUUGCUCUGUCCAUACAUUUUAUUGGAAAAAACAAACACAAUAUUUGUGGAUUUUAUGACAUCAUCUUACCAACCUGUUUAUGUUAUUGCUUUGUGUCUGGACAUCAUUCAGAUGGCUCCCUAACUUAAAAGAAGUCUUGACUGGGCACGACAUGGCCUAAAUUAUGCCAAUGUGCCAAAGACCCAAAAUAUCAAAAAGAAUUCUUGAAAUCAUCCAUCUUUGUAGAAACCAAUAAAAACAAAGGACAUAAUUGUUCAUUAAGACAUUUUUGUUUUCUGAUUGUAAGAACUGUAGAGGUUCUUUUUCUUCCUGCUAUUAUAAAUCAAUAAUUAGUUUUUGUCUAGAUUUUGAAGAAGGAUAAAUUAUCAGUUGGGGAUGAAGGCCCAUGUCAAAAGUUAGUGGAAAAGGCAACUGCCAUCAUACUUAUGGUAUCUCCUACAAGAAUUCAAAUCACAGCCAACAUAUAGUUUAUUCCUAUUUAGAUACAGUGCUUUUAGCCAGGAGUGCAGGAAAAUGAAAAAAUAUAUAUAUAUAUAUAUAUAUAUAUUAUGUAUACAUAUCCUUUUAAUUUUGAAGAUAAAUAUUUCCUCAAAAUAUUUAUUUUAAAACUUUUGUUAGAUGAUUUCCUAUCAAUAUGAUGCUUAGAAGUCAGAAGUGGUUUCAACUACACUCUCUAUUCCCUCACUUAUUGACAUCCUUCAGAGUAAGUGUUGAUUUUGAAGCUUUAUAUUUCAUGUGUGGGAUAUGAUAAUUAUCUAUAUAUAUAUAUAUAUAAUUCUUAGAUGAGUCUCUCUAUUUAACUUGGGCACAUUGCCAAUUCUGCUGAGGCUAACAGCUGGUGCUGAUUGGUGGAAAGCUUAUUAAAAUGACAAAUAAAAUAAAUGCAAUAAAAAAAUAUUUGAAACAUUAAAAGAGAUGUAGUGGAUAGAAGCUGGUAUUACAUCAUUGUCCAGUACUUGAAGCCUUUUUGACAUUUACAUUUCUAUCUAAUACAUUAGUCUAUAAACUCUGUUGGAAAGAACAUUUUUAGCUCUAUCACUAGUGUCUAAUGGCUUCCCUUUCUUGAAUAAAUAAAAUGGGUUUCCCUUUCUUUUACAAAUGACUAGUAUAAUUUGUCUAACAGGUUUCCCUUCUUUCAGAAAUGCUUUAUAUGGUUUGUUUGUCUUCAUGCAUACUUUAUUUACAUUCUCAUCCAUGUGGAUAUUUUAGCAUUGAAAAGGCUCUAUGAGUCCAGGAGUGGGUUUCCUCUCCAUUAGGCUUGCCACCUGGAUGUAGAUCUCUUGCUUGUACAUUUUUAUGAUGUUAUAAUUCAUUGAAAAUUUGUACAAUGUACUAUAAACUUAAAAAGUAAUAAUAUUAUGUAUAUAUUGAACAUAAAUAAUGAUCUAUAAAGUUUUAGUUAAGGUUACAAAGAAUUACUAUAAACUGUGUACUCAAGACUUGCGCAACAGAGACCAGUUAUGUUUUUUUUUAAUUCUUGAUUGAACAAUUCAAAUUUUGUGUGAUUGCCAAGCAAAUGUUCCAUCUUGUUUAUUGUCAAAAGACUUCAUUAAUACUGAUGACAUUUUCUGUUCAGCACGUGUGUGUUGUCUUAGUUUUCUUAAUGUUAACACUAGAAGAUUAUUUCUUGUCUUUGUCCACUUGUUGAGUCUGUUAAGCAGUGUGAAGAAAGAAUUAGCAUAUUUGUUUGUACCAGAAAUAGGUUAUGUUGUGGUGCUCUCUCUUCAUGCAUGAAAUCUUAUUCUGUGCUGCUUAACCCCCCCCCCCCUUCUGCCUCAUUUUUCCCUUCCUCCUUAAUAAGAUCACACAUGUUGCCUGCUCAGUUUCUCUUCCACUCCAGCAAUUGUCAGUCCUGCUUGUUUCCCCUUGUUAAUAUGGAUGUGAAUGUGGAAUUCAUGGAUGAAUUAAAUUGUACAAAUUUGUAUUUUCUACAAACUGCUUUCUACAGAUAGCAGUUGUUGUUCUUAUGAAUUUUUUUUUUGUGUGUGUGUUAAGUUUGUUGCAUGUAAAUAAUUUUUUUUGUGGUUGUUCAUUUUUAAUUUUGUCUAUUUUGAAGUAAAAAGCUGAAAAAAUAAUGGAAAAAAAUGAGA